UACCUUCUUUCAAGGAUUCGGCCAGUUCUAUUUUCACUAAUUUCCCCCUUUAACCACUCCGCCAGUGAUUGGCUGGUUGCACCAACACAGAGCAAAUCAUUAGUGAAAAUAGAACUUUCCUUGCUUUUGAUCAAAAUCUGAUAAAACUGUUGUUUUUUUUUAACCAUCUCCAAAAAGAAGAUAAAGUCGUUUUCGAGAAGUCUCCCAAACGUGGCCUAAGGUUAAAGGGUUCUGUGCGUCUCUCGCUUUUAUUCUGAGAGAAGAAUAAAAAGAAAUAAAGAUGGUGGAAACAGAGCGACGAACACAGUAUCUAUGGACGAGUUCGGAGCAAUCUUCAGGACUUGAGAUUAACGGUCAUGUUUUGUCCAUCACGGAACCGAUGAUAACCGAUAGAGAUGGGAGCGAAUUCGGUGCUCCUCGGGACCAGCACAGUAACAAUAAGCCCGAUUCGAAUCUAGGGAUUGGAGAGCGAGCUUUCUCUGCUGCCGGUGCCGCCUUUUUAUCCGCAAUUAUCGUUAAUCCUCUCGACGUUGCCAAGACAAGGUUGCAAGCUCAGGCUGCUGGAGUUCCUUACUCGCAUCCGCUAAGUAAUCUUAUUGGUCGAAUGGCAUAUUUUGGACCAAACACGAUGUUUGCUGAUUUAAGAUGUUCACCAUCCUGUACACGUGCUGGAGUUCAUGGCACUGUAGCACUUUGUCCUCCUGAUUGUUUUCAGUACAAAGGAACAUUAGAUGUCUUCAACAAGAUUAUACGUCAGGAGGGAUUUUCUAGGCUGUGGAGGGGGACAAAUGCAGGUCUGGCUUUGGCUGUACCUACGGUGGGGAUCUAUCUUCCUUGCUAUGACAUAUUCCGCAACUGGAUGGAGGGGCUUACAGCACAAUAUUUGCCCGGUGCAACACCCUAUGUCCCUUUGGUUGCAGGCUCUUUGGCAAGGUCAUUAGCUUGUGCAACAUGCUACCCUAUUGAACUUGCUAGAACACGCAUGCAGGCAUUUAAGGAGACUCAAAUUGGGAAGAAACCUCCUGGAGUUUUUAGUACCCUUCUAGGAGUCAUCUCCAAUGUUAAGGGCACAAACCCUCAGAGCAGUUUGCAAGGCUAUCGCGUCUUAUGGACAGGCAUGGGAGCGCAGCUUGCUCGUGAUGUUCCUUUCUCUGGAAUUUGUUGGUCAACUCUUGAACCUAUCAGGAGAAGACUUCUGGGUUUGGUGGGUGAAGAAUCCAAUGUGGCUACUGUCCUCGGGGCAAACUUUUCUGCUGGGUUUGUUGCUGGAAGCCUUGCUGCUGCUGCUACCUGUCCUCUAGAUGUUGUUAAAACUCGAAGGCAGAUAGAGAAGGACCCCGUGAGGGCAUUGCGAAUGACAACACGGCAGACACUGAUGGAAGUUUGGAGGGAUGGAGGGAUGAGGGGACUUUUUACAGGAGCUGGUCCUCGUGUUGGUCGUGCAGGCCCUUCAGUUGGGAUUGUGGUUUCGUUUUAUGAAGUAGUAAAGUAUGCCCUACAUAACCAUUAUGCAACGUCAUGACAAACAAGAGCUGAUCCCCAAGCUUUUGGUCUACUAAACAUUUGCUUCCUUAUCGAUGUUUGGUGACCUGGCAUAGAGUAGGACUUAAAAGUUAGGGGGCAAGUUAAAUCCUUCUGUGGGUAACGUAGCUUGCUGAUGAUAUGCAAUUUUGGUGGUGUACAUCCUUUUCUCUACAUCUCAUGGUUUAACGUUGCGAUGAUACCAUAGGUUGUUGGUAAUAACAAGCGGUUUCCUUUGCAGUAGAUCCUCAUCUCGGUCUUCACAAGCACGGUAGCACAUAAGUUUUACUUUCUUCAACAAUUUUGCUGUUCAUGUUACUCUGUUUGUACUGCUCAAGUUGAGCGAAAAUUUUGAUUCCUUUAGUUAAUUGUUUUUGCUGAGAUGGUCUCAGUUCUAUUAAUUUUACCCCCUUGCAAUGAAAAUUAAGGGGACUAUUUUACCUUACAA